AUGCCAAGGCGCAAAGCUACCUCUCCCGACCCCGUCCCCCCCAACCCGUCCGACUACCCCUGCACCUUCGACCCCGACCUCGGCGUCUCUGAGCGCUACCAAAGCCUCAUACAAUGGCUCGACGAGUACGGGCUAGAAACCAAAGUCGCCAAGCAGCUAUGGAUCGCAUCGGGCUACCUCAUGCCCGGAAAAUCGACUAUCUCCAUACAAGGCCUGCACAACAACUACACCAACCACCGGCCGAAGUACUACAAAGCGAAGGGCGUGCCGGUGCCGGUUGUGGAUAGGCUGAGGAAACCGGGGGAGCGGAGGAUCUUGGGUGCGCGGGAUGUAAAGAAUCCCGUGUCCAAUGAAGACAUCGAGCUCUUCUGGGCUAAUCGUCGCGCGGAGCAUGUCAUCGCAUGGUAUUUCCGCGACGAGAAUUCAAUGCCUAAUUCCGACAGCAACCCGCCGCUUCUCAGCAAAUCCGCAGCGUACGAACACUCGCGGGCUCUUCGCUCUAUUCUUGAGAAUGACCCCAAUGAGCAUGCUAUAGUCGUUCCAAAGGAGGUGUCACGCAAGACCUUGGGCCGCUUUAUCCAAUGCAUCUCGCCCGAACUUCGCGCCUUCCCACCAACGCACGAUCUCGAAACGAAGACGAAGCUCUCCGACAAAGUGAUCACAGCGCCGAUCCAAUGGACACACAAAGCCCUUUCCGAGUUAUACCAUCUAUCGCGCAAUCUAGGCGCAGACGACGUAUGCGACAUGCUAACGGACUAUUGUUGGGCGCAACUGAAAGCCGGCGACUUCGUCACAGACGCUACGCUCUUCAAUAAGCUCGCCGAAGAUAAUGACUGGCCGGCGUUGAAUUUCUGGCUGGAUGUCAUGAUCGCCUGCGACACGCUUGACUUGAAGAAACAGUUCAAAAAGAGAAUAUGGAAUGAAUCCAUGAAGACCGCUCUGCACUCCAGGCUCUCAGAGCAGGGCUCCCGCUCUGCACUCUGGUGCGAUGAGCAAUCGCGCUUCUGCGAGGAGUAUCACCACCAUGCUCCUGAAGAGGGGGAGCUGUGCUACAUAGAGAAGGUGAGCAGGCAGAAGGAAGAUUUUUAUGAUCGUGCGGCUAUGGCCAAGUUGGCGGAUAAGUUGCGAUUGUCUGACUUUAUCCGUAACAUGCAGACGAAGCUGAUGAUUGCGCGAUGGACAGCGGAUAAGCAGGGGGAGGUGGAUGCGAAGGAAAAGCUGCAGAAGGCCGAGGAGAUCCUGAGAAAGGCUGCGAAGAUUGAACAGAGGAAGGCAGCUCUUAGGCAGGGCGGAACGUCAAUCUCGCGUAUUUCGACUGCAGUAUGUUCAGAAAACGCACCGUCUUCCUCAUUGGGCACAAAUACGCCUGUUAUGGAAGUGCGCUAA